GUUUUCCUCUCUCGAGCUCAUCUACUGGCACAUCGCGACCAUGAAGGCGACCACACUCACUAAUACCCUGCCACUCCUUUUCUUCGGGGCCAAAGCCUUCGCUGUUCCGGUUCUCGACGCUCGCAUCAACGUCCUCCAGUCAGCCGUCCUCUUCGAUGGCGCCGCAUUUCAGUCUCCCUCGGAUAGUAGCACCACCGUCGCACAAUUGCAGGCCUUCGUCUACCUCCGCCAGAUCGAUAUCUCCUCCCUCGUAUCCGCCGCAUCUUCGCUCUUCGCGGACACCUUCGGUCUCGACGUCUCUGACGGUGCCACGAAUCUCGCAAGCCGUUUAGAGCUUUUUACGGCCAUUGGGGAGUCGGGACAAAGUGUAGAUUUGACGGUGACUGGGUGUGGGGAUGUGGUGUUGGGCAAGACGGACGGACUGGGGAGUAAUCUGGGAAUGGUGGAGAGGAAUGUGACGUUGGGGAGCUGUGAUGGAAGCGAUACUUUUGCUGCGACGGCGAGUGUGGCUUCUUUCGAUAACAGAGACUUCAACACCACCAUCUUCAACCAUGCACCCACUGGAUUUGGUGUCAUCUCCGAUAUCGACGACACUUUGAAAAUCACAGGCGUCCUCGACACAGCAACGGCUCUCCAGAACACGUUCCUUAACGACCCGGAACCGAUCGCCGGAAUGCCCGACGUGCUCUCCUCUCUCCAAUCCUCCCUCUCGGACCCCGCCGUCUUCUACAUCUCUGGUUCCCCUUUCCAAUUAUACCCCUUUUUGCACGACUUUAUCGACAGCACAUACCCCGCCGGACCUAUUUAUUUGCAGAACCUGUCGUUCAGCGAUAUUUCGGGACUGGUUUCUUUCAUCACGGACGACGACGAGAUUUUCGACUACAAGCUGAGUCAGAUCGACAAUAUCCAGGGGAUGUACCCCGCGCGCACGUUCCUCACCAUCGGAGACUCGACGCAGAAGGACCCAGAGACCUAUGGCGCUGCAUUCCGUCUCUUCGGAUCAUCCUUCGUCUCGUGUAUCUGGAUCCACCUCGUCGACGGCGCGAACAACACUGAUGCGCGGUUCGCGGCGGCAUUCAUUGAUGUCCCAGCCACGAAUUACAGGCUCUACACGGACGAGGAUAUAACGAACGGGACGUUGACUGGAAUCGACGUCGCUGGGGGUAGUUGCUAGCACUCUCGUCUCACUUCUCCCUUUGUAUCGGGUUCUCGUGACAGACUAGUCCCACUUGCUAGUGUCGUAUUGGUUCAAAAUGCUAAGGAUACAUACUCGUGUAGCAGUCUCUGGGUACGAAUCAAUUGUUUUUCUAUGCG